AUGGGGGUGGUACGAACUGACCUGGGCUGGACUUUGGGGAAGACUGGACCGGGCGCGGCGUGCAUCCAGCCGCAAACCCCAUCGUCCCCACGCGAGAGAAGUGGAACGGCGGGUUGAAGGGGACGAGCUUGUCAACGGCGAGGGGCGAGGGGGUUUGUACGAAGUGACCUGGGCUGGACUGUGGGGACGGAACGUGCCCCUACGUGUGUACCAGACUCGACCGGGCGCGGCGUGCAUCCAGCCGCCGACCUCAUCGUACCCUCAGGGAGACAAGUGGAACGGCAGGUUGAAGGGGACGGGUGUGCCACCGGCGCGGGGCGGGGGGUGGGUGGUACGGACUGACCUGGGCCGGGCUUUGGGGACGGUGCGUUCUUGUCUUGGUGGUGUGUGUGAGAGGCGGGACAGAAAAAAAAAUCUCCCAUGACUUCGGCUCCAAGAUCGCCCCUAAAGCUAGAAUUCUCCCCUGACUCAAUGUCCAACAAACCCAAACCACUUUUUUCCCAACAAACUAGACUGCUCCACUGACUUCCAAGACCGCCCCGUAAGCUAGACUUCCCUCUGACGUUUCGCCCACAUAAGUAGACACAAAAACUAGAAUCGCUCUCUUGACUCAAAAUUCCCGUGCUCCCCACAAUGCAGUCUCAUGUUCCAGGUGUCAUCCUCCUCCUGCCCUAUGUUUUUGUUUAAAGCCAGCCCCCCCGGCAGGAAGGCGCCCCUACUUUCAUACCAGCCUCGACCGGGCGCGGCGUGCAUCCAGCCGCCGACCUCAUCGUCCCCUGCGGGAGCGAAGCCAACGGAGCCAAGUGUAACGGCGGGUUGAAGGGGACGGGCUUGCCAACGGCGAGGGGCGAGGGGGGCGGGUGGAAUGAACUGACCUGGGCUGGACUUUGGGGACGACUCGACCGGGCGCGACGUGCAUCCAGCCGCCGACCUCAUCGUACCCGCGGGACCGAGGCCAUCGGAGCCAAGUGGAACGGCGGGCCGAGGGGACGGGCUUGCCAACGGCGCGGGCAAGGGGGGUGGUACGAUCUGACCUGGGCUGGACUUUGGUGACGAUGGCGCUAGACACCACCCUCCAGCCACCGGCCAGCGAUCAGCGACCAGCGACCAGCGACCAGCGACCAGCGACUUCAUUGAGCGGAGGAACCCGAGCGGAGGAGCCUGGGGACGCCCUUCUCUUCUUUAGGGCAACGAGAAGUGCGGGGAGUAUUCCUCCCUCCAGAAACCCAUCUCUUGUAAAGAGGCCGGCCAUUCCGGAUGGCUGCGGUGUCGUACGUUGUACGUCAUGUGGUGUUGGCACGGGAUCCCCCUCACGCUGUUUUUCCGGGGCCGAUGCGUCAACAGUAACGGGGGCAGGGUUGGGACAUGCGCAAAUCUUGUUGAUUCUUCUGGGAGGGGGGUGGUAGACACUGCAGAAUCUGCUACACUGGUUGCCCGGCAGGGAGCGCAUGUUACCCCCUCGGCGACGGCUGCUCCAGAGAAAGUUGAUAUCCUAGACUAUCCGGUCGAAAGUUUAUUUUUUUACCUUCACAUUGACGCAAAAUGUUUCGCGCGGAAACGAAACAAAAAGUUUCGCGUUUUUUGCGCGAGAGUUUUUUUCUGUCUGGGGUCCAGAGAAAAUGUCCAUCGUUGAUUUUGGCCAACGGGGCCAUGACGGAAUGCAUGUCGAAGGCUGCAGCUACACGGCAUAAAAAGUACUUCAUCCCGGGGCGCCUAGUCUUAAUGUCACACGAACUCAGCGGGGCACUUGUCGGCAAAGCCACGAAACAAAACCACUCUUCCAUUUCGAGGUUGCGCAAACCUUGUUGGCAGGCGUGGCAGGCUUGGCAGGUACGGCAGACACUGCAGGCUUGGCAGGUGCAGGAGGCUCUUACCCAUGUAGAAGAGUUGGUUCAAGGUUGUCUUAUUUCACCAUCUUCUUUGCGGUAUAGUCUAAACGCUCCGUUGGCUGCUACAAGCAAAAUUAAAGUCUUUUGAGAUUUAUCGCGCCAAGUCGACCAAAAGGUGGAAUAAAUUUGUUUCGAAGAAUGACAGUGAGCGGGGCGGUGCAGGCGGAUAUUGGGACACUCCGGGUGCCAAAACGAGCCACCGAGCGCCACAAGCCUCAUCACUGACUUCUUCGGCGAGCUGGUUAUGUGUGCGAGCGAUCCCGAGCGUGAAGAAAAAACGUUGCCUCGGGAAACGGGAAAGCGCGCUGUGCUCUGAGAAGGUUUUCCCUAACUUGAAGCAGGUAAGACUGAGCAUUGUUCACAGGUAUUGAGGGAUAAACUAGGGAGGCCGGGGGUGAUCAAUGCCAAGGGUUUGAUGUGAGAGAAAUGGUGUGAGUGCGCGCUUUCGACCUCUUGCCACAUGUGUCCGAAUGUUGGGUGGGGGGCACUACGCCGACAAAGCUCAUACUAAAUAUAUUUCUCCAUACACGGCUCCCCCUUCGGAGCAAAAGCGGGCCCAUCAGCAGCAUUCCGAAGCAGAGCUCAACAAGGUGCCCAUACGCAGAGGCGAAAUCCGCCGUGACAGCAGAGCUACAUCAGGAGGCCGGUAGCGUUGAAGCAACAAGAACCGUCAGGGUCCAGCUGCACCCCGAGUACUGCCGAGGUCCACUCCUGAGAUGGCGUCGACGGACCGUGCCGCAUUGGUUGCUCUAUACAACGCGACCAACGGGGCUAACUGGAAGAACAGGUCAAACUGGAA